CAUCCAUCCAUCCAUCCGCGCCCCCGAGGACAAAACGGCGCUGCUCGGCACCCCGCCCGGCUGCGCGCUGUUUGUGUGUUAAAGAGAAAAAGAGAGAGAGAGAGGAGAGAGAGAGAGAGGAGAGAGAGAGAGAGAGAGAGAGAGAGAGAGAGAGGGAGGAGCAGUGACUGAGCGGCGGAGCGCAGCAGAGAGGACAGUUUGCUCUCCGCUCUUUCACACUAACACCAGAUACUAUGCUUACUCACUAACAGCAGGGCAGAUAAACCCCGACAACCCCAUGAAUUUGCUUUGGUCUGCCGCUGAGUAGGAGCUCUAUGUGGAUCGAGAUUUAAAAAAGGAGCACCUGAGACUAGUGGUGAGCGACUCGCACCACCCUCAGUUCAACCCAGCGCCCCACCCCCUCCCUCUCCUCCUGCUUCACAAGGCAGCAAAACUUCCACCAUGCCUCUCUACGCCUCGCCCGCCCCCUUCCUCCUCCUCCUCUUCGUCUUCCUCCUCCCCCUCCCUCACUGCCAGGCGGAGUCCCAGCGCACCAAGCCCAGCAGCGACCCCGACCUGCGGGGCGUCUCCCCCUCCAUGUUCCCCUCCUUCUCCUUCCCGCCCUCCUUGUCUUACGCCUUCAGCAACAUGUCGAGUAAAAAGAACAAGUGUGACGAGGUGCCGACGUGUAAGCCGGGCAUCCUGCUGCCCGUCUGGGUCUCCGACAGACAGGGACUCGGGGACCAGGUGGCCCGAGCCGUGGUCUACUUCGUGUCCCUCAUGUACAUGUUCCUGGGAGUGUCCAUCAUCGCCGACCGCUUCAUGGCGUCCAUAGAGGUCAUCACUUCACAGGAGAAGGAGGUGACCAUCACGAUGCCUAACGGGGAAACAUCAGUGGCGACGGUUCGAAUCUGGAACGAAACGGUUUCCAAUCUGACGCUCAUGGCUCUGGGCUCCAGCGCUCCAGAGAUCCUCCUGUCUGUUAUAGAGGUGUGCGGUCAUGGAUUUCACGCAGGUGAACUCGGGCCGGGAACCAUCGUGGGCAGCGCCGCCUUCAACAUGUUCGUGAUCAUCGCCAUCUGCGUGUGGACGAUCCCCAACGGCGAGUCGCGCAAGAUCAAGCACCUGCGGGUGUUCUUCAUCACCGCCUUCUGGAGCAUCUUCGCCUACAUCUGGCUCUACCUCAUCCUGUCGGUGAUGUCGCCCGGCGUCGUGGAGGUGUGGGAGGCCCUGGUCACCCUGCUGUACUUCCCCGUGUGUGUCAUCCUGGCGUGGAUCGCAGAUCGCCGCCUGCUCUUCUACAAAUACAUGGGCAAGCGUUACCGCGCCGACAAGCGCCACGGCAUCGUCGUGGAGACAGAGGGGGACUUGACACCGAACAAGGGCGGCGGCAUGGAGAUGAUCGUAGACGGCAAGUUUAUGCGUGAGGGAGCUCAGGACGGAGCGGCGGGCGCCGCGGCCAAUAACAUCGGAGGAGGAAACCUGCCGAACUCCAACAGCGCCAUGGUCAACGUGGAGAGCAGCAAGGAGCUGGACGAGAGCCGCAAAGAGGUGAUUCGGAUCCUGAAGGAGCUGAAGCAGAAAUAUCCCGACAAAGAGCUCGACCAGCUGAUGGAGCUGGCCAACUAUUACGCCCUGCUGCACCAACAGAAGAGCAGAGCCUUCUACCGCAUACAGGCGACCCGUAUGAUGAUCGGCGCCGGUAACAUCCUGAAGAAGCACGCAGCAGACCACGCCCGCCGUGCGGUCGUCCCCGAUGAGGAAGCACCAGAAGAAGAGGACCAGGGAGUCUGCAGCCGCAUCUCGUUCGAGAGCGCCCACAGUCAGUGCAUGGAGAACUGCGGCGUUCUGAGGCUCGCUGUGAUCUGCCAAGGAGGUCUGGGGGAGAACACCUUCUAUGUGGACUACAGGACAGAGGACGGUUCUGCCAACGCCGGCUCCGAUUACGAGUACAACGAGGGAACGUUGGUUUUCAAACCCGGAGAGACUCAGAAAGAUAUAAAGGUCGGGAUAAUCGAUGACGACAUCUUCGAGGAGGACGAGCACUUCUUUGUGCGUCUGCUGAAUCUACGCGUGGGCGACGCGGAGGGCAUGUUCGAGAGCGAUGAAGUCGGCGCCGCCCCCAAAUGUCGCUUGGUCGAGCCCCUGGUCGCCACGGUGACCAUCCUGGACGACGACCACGCCGGCAUCUUCACGUUCAGCGAGCGCAUGGUGCGGGUGAGCGAGAGCGUCGGCACCAUGGAGGUGACGGUGGUGAGGAACUCCGGCGCCCGGGGCACCGUCAUCCUGCCAUACCACACCGAGUCCGGCACCGCCAAGGCCGGAGACGACUACGAGGACGCCCGGGGGGAGCUGGAGUUCACAAACGACCAGACAACUCAGACAUUCCAGGUGCGGAUCAUUGACGAUGAAGAGUACGAGAAACAUGAAAACUUCUUCAUCGUGUUGGAGGAGCCUCGCUGGCUGAAGAGAGGAAUCUCAGCUCUGCUGCUCAGCCAAGAGGGGGCUGAGGGACAGAUGAGUUCAGAGGAGGAGGAGGCCCGGAGGAUAGCCGAGAUGGGGAAGCCCAUCCUGGGGGAGCACAGCCGCCUGGAGGUGGUCAUCGAGGAGUCGUACGAGUUCAAGAGCACCGUUGACAAGCUCAUUAAGAAGACCAACUUGGCGCUGGUGAUCGGCACGCACUCCUGGAGGGAACAGUUUGUGGAGGCGGUCACUGUCAGCGCAGGCGAUGGUGAUGACGAUGAUGAGGAGGGUCGUGAGGAGCGUCUUCCAUCGUGUUACGACUACGUCAUGCAUUUCCUCACCGUCUUCUGGAAGGUUCUCUUCGCCUGCGUCCCUCCCACGGAGUACUGGAAUGGCUGGGCCUGUUUCUUAGUCUCCAUCAGCGUCAUCGGCCUCCUCACCGCCGUCAUCGGCGAUUUGGCGUCGCACUUUGGCUGCACCGUGGGGCUUCGGGACACUGUGACUGCGGUGGUGUUUGUCGCUCUGGGAACUUCUAUUCCAGACACCUUUGCGAGCAAAGUGGCCGCCAUGCAGGACCAGCAUGCUGACGCGUCCGUUGGCAACGUCACCGGUAGCAACGCCGUAAACGUGUUCCUGGGGAUCGGCGUGGCGUGGUCGGUGGCCGCCAUCUACUGGAAAGUGCAAGGGAAGGAGUUCAGGGUGGACCCGGGGUCGCUGGCCUUCUCCGUCACACUCUUCACCAUCUUCGCUUUCAUCGCCAUGGCCGUGCUCCUGUUCAGACGCCGGCCAGCCUUCGGCGGCGAGCUGGGCGGCCCGAGGUUGCCCCGCCUCCUGACCAGUCUGCUGUUCGUGGGGCUGUGGUUGCUCUACAUCCUCUUCUCCAGCCUGGAGGCCUACUGCCACAUCCCGGGCUUUUAAAAAAAAAAGAAAAGAAGAUGCAGCGAGUUCUGGAAGAAUCCUGCACGGCGGCGAUACACACAUUAACACACUCAUUUGUUUACUGACCACACACACUCGGGCGCCCUGCAGCCUGGAGGCGAUGCAUCGAUCAGAUUCAUGUUCACACACGCACAUCAUAUUAACGCAUGUGUAAACAGAUCCUAACACACACACACACACACACACCGUUACAGGCAUGAGGAAGGACCAGGGGAAGUGUGUUUGAGGGACGAGAAGUGAGAAAACAGAAGGUCACUGUAGCAAAGUUAGCAGAGAGCAGACGGAGAACGGAGAGAGCGAGGGAAGUGGUCGUGACAUUUCCCGAGGUGAGAGAGGGUCAGGUGAGCUGCUGGAGGGUUGUUGUUGAUUUAAAGCCAGGUAGGUUUAGGAAGGAUCGGAGACGGAGACAUCGGGUCAGACCGCUGAUGGAGAAGAAGCCUGUGUAGAAAAAAAUGUAUCCAUCCAAGUUGCAUUGUGGGAAUCUCGCCCUUUGUUUGUCCCCCCUCCUCUCCUCUCCUUUUCAAGUACAGCUCCACCCGUCUUCACUCAGGAGGCGGAGCAAAGAGUGGAAAAAAAAAAGGAGUGAAAUGUUUACAAUAGCUAUAACAUGAAGUUUGUUUACUACGGGGGGGGGGGGGGGGGGUUCUUGUAAAGUGAUGCUCGUCUAACACACUGUAUAGGUGAAUGCGUUUCUCCACACGCGCUGUAAAUAGUCAAAAACCAGUGUACAUAUAUCGAGUGUAGUGUUUUCAUUCAGCAGACAAUUGAAAAAGGUGGCGAUACGUUUCAGCGUCCUCUGUCACACACAUGCUUAACUUUAGACGUGAAGAUAACUUAGGGAGUGUGGAAAUGAACGGCGAUAUAUUCAGCCAAUGAAAUACUGACUUUAGUCUCAGCUGAUACACUAAUGGAUCAAUGUUUUUAAAAAGAGCCAUAGCAUCCUGCGUCUCUGUCGCAUUUGUCUCUCGACUGGAUCGUUUCCGUGGUAACCGUUGAUAAUUUCAAACUGAAGAUGAUCGUUUGCAUGUUAAGUCAGAUCUGGAACGUCUUCUAAUACACACACAGUUCAACAGAAAAGGGGAAACAAGCUGUAAAUUAAAAACAUCCCUCUGUUUGUGUUUGCGUCCGCUCAGCUGCUCCUUGAUGUGAAACCUUCCUUUUUUUUAAAAAACGCUGUGUCAGAAAGACAGGAAGUAGACGGAAGAGAGUUUGGUCUGAGAGGAGCAGGAAGGACGUUUUUUUCAAAUAUGUGCACACACACACACACACGUGCGCGCUGUGUGGAGUGUAAUCACAACACACGUGGCCAGAGAAGUGAAUGUGAGUGCAGACAGACACUGAACAUGCAGUCAGUCAUCACUGUGUCAUUGUGAGUAGUGACAGACUAAUCCAUUAAUAUGGCAUGAAUCCUGACAGACUAAUCCUGCACCUUUCUGUAGUGACAGCAGCAUGGUCGGACAAACACACGCAUGGAUGGGUCAAACAAGACAUAAACAGUGUUAGCUAACCCUUCCAGUCGUCAACUUUGACUUCACAGAUUCCACAGAUACUUAAGAUAGCACCCAUACAAUAGAGCACCCAUACAAUAGAGCACCCAUACAAUGCCUUAACUCCAACUCUCGAGUAAAAAUAAUCUCGUAUUGAAGCUGUACAAACUGUCUAGGCUGCACGUUAUGUUGUGUUUCUUCUUUCAGCGACAAGCGGUUCAGUGUGCAAUACAUGAGAGGGAGUCUAUAUGAACUGUCUGCAGCUCUAAAGUAGGCUAACACAGGAUGCAGACCACAGCGUGGAGACUGUUGUAAUUGUGUCUCCGCUCAUCUGUGCUGACUGAGAGCACAAUAUCAGUACCAGACAUGCUAAAAAAAAUCACUUCCCAUUUUGAGGGAAAGUCUUUGUACAAAAAGAGCUAACAAAGGUCUAUCGUGUAAUUGUUCUCUAGACUAUAUGUUUACAGUCUGCAGGUCAGCAGCAGACAGCGCUCGGCCUCUGCAGACAGCCUGACGAGCUCACAGGGUUUCUGUACAGAAGCAGCAGCAGCAGCAGCAGCAGCCCUGUGUCCGGUUAGAUCAUCUUUUUUAUAAAUCAUAGCAACAUUAACAGGUGGUCCAGUGAGCGACUCAUUCAUGAACACUGCUCUUCAAAGCAUUUUAUGUCAUGCUCAGUAUUGCAUGCUAGAGUAGAGGAACAACAUCGGCACGCUGUUUGCAGACAUGCUCUGAUUGGUUGAGCAUGUCUGCAAACAAACUUAAAUUUACCGAGCGUUGUGCAACAGAUUAAUGAUAAUUCAGUGGUUAACUAAUAGAUUAGAAAGUCAGAGCAUUUAAAGGCCAGCCUCCUUUUUACAUGAUGAGCUAAUCAUUUAUCAUCACUGUAAUAAUUCUCUCUGCACAAUAUCAGUCACAUCACACACAUCUCUCUGUGAGUACUACGAUAACAAACUCUCGCCCACAAAAUGAUAAGUGCUAUAAAAAGUGGAAUUUGUUACAACUCGUCGUCGUUCAUGAAAUGAGAGAAAGGAUUUGAUUUGUUUACCGCCGUGAGCUCACCAUACUUUGUAAAACUUUCUAAAAAAAACACUUUUCUAUCUUUUCCUUGCAGAUAUAGCCAAGGUAGAUUGUUUUGUACUUCUAAACGACGUUUAGAGGAGUGUCAGUAGCUGAUAUGCCGCCGCUUGUGUAGAUGUCAUCGUCUCUGAAUUUAGUGGAUUAGAUUUUGAUAUAUUUUCCACGGUGAUGAAGCCCCCCCCCCCCCCCCCCCCUCCCUUUGAACCGCUGAAACAAUGUAGUGUAUCAUAACUUAACAUAACCCCAUCUAUUGUUCCGACACAGUCUGCUGACUGGUUUGUGUCUGCGUUUACUUAUGUAUAUAUUUCUUCUCAUUAGAGGAUUUAUUUAGAUAUUUAUUUAUUUACAAGCAUGGGCGGUUCUAGGCAGGGGCCAACAGGGGCCAGUGAGCUUGGUCCCCCCCCCUGUGGCCACCCCUCCAAAAGGAAGACACAUACACAGUAUUUGACUCAACAACUGGACUCACAAUAUAGUAUUAAAUAUUGUUACUGAAACAAUAAAUCAUGGUAUUUAAUGAUGGGUGCUAUUAUUUGUCAUAAUAUAUAUUUUUUAAAGGGAUUAUCUUUGUCUAUUUUUCACCUGGGUUUAAUGUUCCUCUCUGACAAAACAGCUGGCCCCCAGUUUGGCCCCCCUCAGUUAAAGUGGUCUAGAACCGCCACUGUUUACAAGAAGAUUAUUUAUCUAUAGAUAUACGCUGCGCCACAGGGGGUCCCUGAGGGCGAAACGGUUUGGGAAUCAUUUUCCAGGAGGGUUGGUUUCAAUGUGCAAUACAGAAAACAGUUUCAACUCAUCUAUCUUAAUUACUAAGUAGCUCUGACGAGAGGUCAGCACACAUCUUUUCUCUGCUUCAGUGUUUGUCGUAAAAAACCCUUCGCCAACAUACAUCUCUUCAUCGCUCCUCGUCCUGCAGGGGGAGGAGUUCUUUUGAGUGUACGUAGCAUGUUUACAUGAAGAAACAGAGUGGAACAUUGCCAGUAUAAUCGUCAGUCUUGGGUUAAGUCAUGAGCUGAAGACGGGUGGUGUUUUUUGUAGAUAUUAAUGCUGUCGUCGAGCCUAACUGUAGUUUACUUACUAACGACUAGGUGGGACCAAGAUUACACACACACACACACACACACACACUCACACACACACACACACACACACACACGUCAGCUGAACUCGUGUGUAAUCUUUGACUGGGUAAAAAAUGGAUCUGGACCAGCUUGGAUUUACGUACCCAGCAGUUGUCCCAGCAGAUGUGAUCCAGAUGUGGCUCAGCACCCGCUAAAGGAACUGUCUUCAAUGCCUGGACAAUGUUCCAUGUUUCCAUGAACUUCUGUACUAACUGUCUGGUUUUGGCCUUUGCUGUUCUGUAGCUAGAUGUGAUGACCCCCCCUAUCCCCCCCACUCCCACUCCCACUCCCAUCUAGACUCUCUCGCCCCUCCCUCGUCUGUCUGUGUCUGCUGUGUUUGUUCCUCCUCUGUGUUCUUCUUGCAGAUGCAUGAUGAAUCCCUGUGUACCCGUGUUAGCAGCAUGGUCUUCUAUGAUGGACGCCGAUCAGCAUAUUUUUUUAAUUGGGGUUUAUCCCCCCCCCCCCCCCCCCCCCCCCUCAGUUCAAAUCCCAGACACCAGAGAGGGUCUUUGUGAAGUGAAAUGAGCAGGUGGGCACACACACAGACACAUCCAAACUCCAUACCACACACAGACACACACACUCGGGACAGAUUUAUGGAUUCAGUGUCGACUGCUUAUUUACUACAAGCUGUGAAAAGAGUGCUGCUCUGUUGUGUCAAGGAUUUGUUUGCAUCGAACAACGUCCCAGGUCAUCUCUUUGUUUGUCUUGUAUGAUAUUUCUAUGUCUGUGUGAGUGUCUUCUUCUUCUUCUGUUCCUGUUCCUCUUCUCGCGUUCUCUCCCUCCCAGGUCUUGCUCUUCAAUGUGUCUCUCUCUCUCUGUGAAGUUUUUUCCUGUGGUGAUGAAACGUUCUCUCUCUCUGCCUGAACCUUUGUAGGGAAGUUACUGACUGAGUUACUACAAUAUCUUGUGAUAGACAUAUACAUUUAUUCAAUACUGUAAUAAUAAAUUAUUAACUGCUCAUGAUUAUCUAAUUUUUUUUUUUUAAUGAAAUGCAGAAAAAAAAAAUGUUAGAAAAAAAGAAAAUUACAACUUUUUUUGAGAACAUGGCAUGAGGUGUAAUGUGUUACUGAACGAACAUGAAGGUCUUGAAUCAAGUGAUGUCGACCUUAUUGGAAUAUAGUUUAUUUAUUUUCAAGG